UGAAAAUUAUGAACUACGAUUUUGUAUCAUUUGGCGGUAAAGCUGAAGUUAAGUUAGAUAUGCCCUGUUUGAACUUUCAUUAAAUUUUUUUUACUGUUUAUUACUUUGCAUAAUGCUAUAGGUUUAUUAUCGGUCAAAAUGGAAAUGUACAAAGUCCAAAUGAAUUUUUAAAAAAUUCAAUCCUACACUUAAAAAAUAGUGUACUUAAUUCUAAAAAUUAUCGGUUAUAUUUGUCAUAAAACAUAUUUUUGAUAAUUUUUUAAGUCAUGGUUUCUUUAAUAAAAAAUAUUCAGCUUGCUUCAUUUUUUUAUAAUGGCAGUAGAAUUGCAACGCAGUUGUUUUCUACUAAUACACAGUUACAUUUAGAAAUUGAGGUAAAAGAAGUUAUUUUAAAAUAUCUUGAUGGGAAAGAUAAUGGUAUAGUAGUCUUAGGACUAAAUCGUCCAAAUACCCGUAAUGCUUUUGGAAGAAACCUUGUAUCGCAAUUAAAUAAUGCAAUUUCUACUAUUAAACAAGAUGAUAAAUUAAGAGUACUAAUUAUCCGUAGUCUGGUACCAUUUGUGUUCUGUGCUGGUGCUGAUUUACGUGAGAGAUUAAAAAUGAAUAAAUCAGAAGUAUCAGAAUUUGUAACAUCCUUAAGGAAUAUUAUGAAUGACAUAGAGUCAAUAUCAAUACCAGUUAUAUCUGCUAUAGAUGGUAUAGCAUUGGGUGGUGGUUUAGAACUUGCAUUGGCUACAGAUAUUAGAAUAGCAGCUUUAGAGGCAAAACUAGGUCUUGUAGAAACGAAACUAGCAAUAAUACCAGGUGCUGGUGGUACUCAAAGAUUGCCAAGAAUAGUUGGAUCCGGUAUAGCCAAAGAACUUAUUUACACAGCACGUAUCUUGAAUGGACAACAAGCUAAGAAUAUUCAUCUUGUAAAUGAAGUUGUACCACAGAAUAAAAAUGGUGAUGCGGCUUAUCAAGCUGCAUUAUUACUUGCAAGAGAAAUUCUACCUAACGGUCCUAUUGGAGUAAAAUUAGCGAAAGAGGCUAUAUCAAAAGGUAUGGAAAUGUCUAUAGAAGAUGGAUUAGAAAUUGAAAAACAAUGUUACAAUAAAGUUAUAGAUACUGAAGAUAGAUUAGAGGGUCUUUCAGCAUUUACAGCAAAACGAGUGCCUAUUUAUAAAGGUACAUAAAUAUAUAUAAUAUAGAAUGAUUAUUUGGAUUAUGAUGCAAACUAUGAUUAUUAUAUAUCUUUCAAAAUCUAUAACUAAAAGAGUGAAUGUAUGGGGAUCAAUAUUUAUAUACUUUUCUAUCAAUCAUAUUAAUAUAAUUAAUAUAAUUUUCUAGUAAAGUUUACUCUCAUA